UUUUAAAUAAUUUGAGAUUUAUUAACUUCAUUCACUUCUAAUGAUAUCAGGGUAAAAUUAACUUUAGAAAUGUAAAUAUAAUCGAUAUUAUAGGGUUAAAACUAUGUUAUUUGAAUAAACCAAAUAUAAAGAAUUAUCUAUUCACAGAAAAAAACUAUCAGAAUAAUGAUAUUAUAAAAUAUACUUUGCCAAUGAACAAUUUCAAUUUUAUUACGAUGAGAUAGUAAAGAAUAAAUAAUGAGCUGAGAGAGCUAGUGCCAUUUUAUUAUAGCAAUUAAUAAGUAUAUCACAUAAAAAGUGGAUAAUUUAUGUUGGAAGUGAAGUUGAAGUAUUAAAAGAACCCUAGCAAAACAUCUUGAUGUGAUUCUAAGGGAAGGUACCUUAAAUUAUGUAUGAUGUUGAUGGGUGAUAAGAAUAUAG